AGCUGCGUUACCGCCGGCGCUUGGUUACUGUGCGCGGCGCCCGCCGACUCCACUCGGCUCGGCAGUCGUGUCCCACGCACGUAAGAUGAUGGACAUCGAGGCUGCGCCCGUCCACCCCGAGAGCGCGCCGCUCCUCGGCGCGACGAGCGUCGAAACACCCGCCUGGCGCAGACGCAUCGCGGUUGGGGCGUCGAUCUUUGGAACCGUCGCGCUGUGCGGCGCCGCGGUGGUGGCCGGCGGCAAAGGCGCUCGGGACUCGGCCCGCCUCGGCGAGGCGUGGAACCCCGCGACCUGGAACCCCAACACGUGGAACACCUGGAACCCCAACACGUGGGCCAACGCGUGGACCCCCACGCCCCAGCCCAUGCCCACGCCCGAGGUCCAGCAGUGGACCCAGCCCCAGCCAGCCACCGCCGGGUGGGACACCUCCGUCAACUACAACACCUGGCCGGGUGCGCCCGCGGACCCGCAGGCGUCGCUUGGGCAGUGCCAGUCCUCCCUCCGCGACUCCGCCGAGAUGGUGCAGCUGGGCACGUACAUACCGCCGGAACAGUGCCAGGCGCUCGUAGUGUGCGCGGGCUCUCCGAGGGCGUCGUCCACCGCCGAGUGCACCAUCGCGCAGCACGUGCUCGAGUACAUGCUCACAGGCGAGAAGCAGAAGGGGUACACCGACCAGGACAAGGCGACCUAUCUCGGCUACUGGAACUAUCAUCUGCACACGCUGUGCGGCGACGGCGACGGAUGCGAGCAGAAGUACCCGGCCGACCUGAGGUACCUGCGCACCAGGAUGGACUGGUCGGCCAAGCUGGAUCAGACGUACGACGAGGACGCCAAGACCCGGCUCUCCGGCAUCCUCAACGAGAUGGACCGCUACUACGAGAAGCGCGACGCCAUCUCGCCCUCGAGCAUCAUCAUGACCAAGUCGCACGAGUUUGACGGCACGUUGAUGAACGUGUGCAAUAAGCGGAUCGUGCUGACGAGCUCGAGGGAUUCGGAGGAGGUGUUCGACUCCGGGUUGAACCUCGGAUGGUUCACGUAUCCCAAGGAGGAGUCGCGGGAGACGUUUGACAAGUAUUACGCCCUGUGGAACGGCUGGAAGUCGUGCUGGGAGUCCGCCGCGGAGAACGACCUCAACUCCGUUCUCUUCGACCUCGACUACAGCCAGCUCACCACCGAAGGGUCGUUCAGGGCGGUCGUCAUGCAGAUGACGUACGAGAUUGCCCAGCUGCUCAACCUGCAGGACGUGGACAUGGGCGGCAUUGUGGAGAAGGUGCUGCAGCGAGACUUUCAGCGCGAGCUCAACCCGAGUUUGACCACGGGAGGCCUGCCCGUGAAACAGCCGGGAACCCUCGGGAAAGGCGAGUCGAAGCCCGUGGGGCCGCAGUACAUGUUCUGGUGAACAGCCGGACGAGUAGAUAAGCGCUGAGCGUAGCGCGCCUGCGAACGAGUAGCUUCAUCAAAUUGUAACCACCAGGUGAAGAAUUUAUUUUUC